GCAGUUCGAUGUCAGGGUCCAUGUUCACAGCAUCACAAUCCUCCGUCGCCAUUUUGCCGUGUCAAUGGGAGUGGGCGUGGCCUUUGACUGCAGUCGUUGAUACGUAAAACUGUAAACAGGAAGUGAUCCGACAGCUAAGGAAAACGGACCGACGAUUUAGUGAGUGAAAACUGUGAAGCCAUCAUGGGAAAAAGCUGCAAAGUCGUCGUGUGCGGCCAGGCUGGAGUUGGUAAAACAGCUGUGUUGGAACAGUUACUGUAUGCCAAUCAUGUUGCAGGUUCAGAGCCCAUGGAGACCCUCGAGGAUAUUUACAUUGGCUCCAUUGAGACAGACCGGGGAACACGGGAGCAAGUGCGCUUCUACGAUACUCGUGGCCUCCGGGACGGGAUGGAGUUUCCUCGUCAUUAUUAUAGUUUUGCCGAUGGCUUUGUACUCGUUUACAGCAUCGACAGCAAAGAGUCCUUUAAGCGAAUGGAGGUGCUAAAGAAAGACAUUGAUCGUCAUAGAGACAAGAAAGAGGUUACCAUCAUCGUACUGGGCAACAAGCUUGACAAGCAGGAGGAAAGGAGAAUCAAUGCUAACUAUGCUCAGGACUGGGCGAAGAACGAGAAGGUGCGUCUGUGGGAGGUGUCGGUGGUUGACCGACGCACGCUCAUCGAACCCUUCGUCCACUUGGCCAGCAAGAUGACCCAGCCGCAGAGCAAGUCCACCUUCCCUCUCAGCCGCAAUAAGAACAAGGGCAGCGGCUCCACAGACAGCUAAGAUGCCGGGCUCAGUUAACCCUGAACCUGAAGGAGGAGUUCAUAAGAGGAAGUUAAAGGGAAUAUUGUUUUAGUAAGAAAAAAAAAUCGUCUUGAAAAAUGUGAAGAGGUUAACAUAAGAGAAAAGAUAAAUGAUUGUACAGAUGUUUCUCUGCAGCUGGUGUCUUUCUGCUGAAAUGCUUCUUUAAUCAUUACAUUUUAAAUAUUAUCCCAUACCACCAAGGAAAUGGUUCAGUUCAUUCUGUUGAUAAAAUUUUCAAUGUUACUCAGUAGAAAAAUGUUUGGACCGCAAACUGUGUUCUUUGGACCUACAUGUCUUAAAUUGCUUACAAUCAGCAUUUUUUUCAUCCACUUUCAUCCUCGAAGAACAAGUUUCACCUUACUGCGCUGGCUCGGAUUUUUAUACACACUAAAGGAGUAAAUAAACGGAAUCACACAUGGCAGCCAUGUUCAGAUGUUACCUAAAUAACUACUUGACAUGUUUGAUUUCGUGUUUUUUUAAAAGAAAUAAUGACUGAAGGGAUUUCUUUGACACAUUCUGACUAAACUAUUGCAGUUUGUCGAUGUGGAUGUUUCUUACAUGAUAUUGUCUUUAUUGUUUCCCAAUGAUUGACAUUCCGUACCAUGCGAAGCCUUGUGUUCAUGUUGUGGGUACAUGUUGCUGGCUCAGGUCUCCCCUUUUAUGGUGACUCCUUGUAAAAAGAGACGGAGCACAAAGCAGUGAAACAUCAGCACUUUGAACCUUGUGAGUUGCUGUUAUGGUUGUUAUAAUAUUCCUGGGGGGGGAAUCGUUGAUUAACGCUGCCUCAUUGUAUCAAAUCUGAGAUACUUUUGUCUGCUUUACUGAAGUGGUGGAGAUUUGUUAAAAAUAUACUUAUUUGUUCUUUGUCUGUUGACACUAUUUCUCAUUCAGCAUAUUUAAGCUUUUAUAUGGUCUCAUUUUUCACAUGUUAAAGAGUUUGUAUUUGUUUGCAUGUUUUGUAAACAGAUUAAAGUUCUCUGGGUGCUUGACCUGAA